AUGGGGAAACUCAUUCGUUUGGAGCUUUUCAACUUCAAGUCUUACAAGGGACACCAUGUUUUACUCUUCGGAGAUGCAUACUUUACCUCAAUCAUUGGGCCUAACGGCUCUGGCAAGUCGAAUUCCAUGGACGCUAUUUCCUUUGUGCUAGGAAUCAAGUCAUCUCACCUGCGAUCAACCAAUCUUCGCGAUCUCGUGUAUCGUGGCCGUGUUUUGCGCACCUCGAAGGUCGACGGAGAGCCCGCGACCGAUGAACAGGAUGGCGAGCAAGAGGAACCGGAAGAAAUGGAUGCCACCCAAGACGCCGUUGGAAAUGACCCCAAGUCCGCGUGGGUGAUGGCAGUCUACGAGGACAAUGCUGGCGAGGAGCAGCAAUGGAGUCGAUCGAUCACUAGCCAAGGUGUCAGCGAGUACCGCAUCAACAACCGCAUUGUCACAGCCCACCAGUACAACGAGGCUCUUGAGGAGGAAAACAUUUUGAUCAAGGCUCGAAACUUCCUUGUGUUCCAGGGUGAUGUUGAGGCGAUCGCUUCGCAGUCUCCGAAAGACCUCACUCGCUUAAUUGAGCAGAUCUCUGGUAGUUUGGAGCACAAGGCCGACUACGAGAAAUUCAAGGCGGAGGCAGAGGAAGCCGCAGAGCAACAAACCGUUCAGCUCAAUCGUCGACGAGGCAUCAACUCUGAAGUCAAACAAUACCAGGAACAAAAGCGAGAGGCCGAGAACUAUGCGAAAAAGGCCGACGAACGCGAUCAGGCUAUCAUCACGCACAUUCUCUGGAAACUGUUCCAUUUCCAGCGGUUGAUUGACGACUCAAGUGCAGAUAUUCAAAAAUAUCAUGAUGAGCUGAAGGAGUAUCGCCGUGGCGUCGACAAGUAUGAGAAGAACGUCGAAGAGGCCAAGAAGGACCAUGCUCGAGUAGGCAGGGACGUUGGCAAAGCCGAGAAGAACAUCACGAAAAAGGAGAAGGAAAUCGAGGAACUCAACAACUCGCUUGUGCCCGUUGACGAGAAGAUCGAUGUCACCCAGAGGAAUGUCGAGAGGUUCACUUCGAGGAUUAAUGAAAUCGACAAAGAGCGCACAUCCCAAUCCAACAACGGGAAGCAACUUGAAAAGGAUUUGAAGCUUGUUGAAAAAGCCCAGGCUCAAUGGGAAGCCGAAUGGCAAAAAAUCAAGAACAAGAAGGGUGGUCAACUGAGCGAGGCUGAUCAGCAAGAGUACCAUAAGCUUCGAGAAGAAGUGAACCUCCGUUCAUCUGCUGACUCUCUCAAUCUUGACAACCUCCGUCGACAGCGAAAGACCGAGGCCGAAGCAGUGAACAGCUUGAAGGACAAGUUUGAAAGCACUGAGCGGCAGCUCAAAUCUGUGGAGUCCGAUGUCCACAGUAUGAGCGAACGCAAGUCCUCCCUCAACGACACGACCAAGUCAACUUCCAAGGAUAUCGACCGCAAGAAGAAGGAGCUGAACGCAUUGACAUCGGAGCGCUUAAAGGUCUCGCAAAUGCGGACUGAAUUAGAGGAAAAGCUCCAGGUCGUGCUACGUAAACUUCUCGAAGCCGACGAUGGCAAGAAGCAGACCGAACGGGAGGUCCGGGCGAAGGAAUUGAUCUCAACCCUGAAGCGCAUCUUCCCGGGCGUGAAGGGUCGCGUCAGCGACCUUUGUCGGCCGAAGCAGAAGAAGUACUCUGAUGCCGUGAGCACAGUACUCGGUAGACACUUUGAUGCCAUCGUGGUUGACAACGAAAAGACCGCUAAGGAGUGUAUUCAGCACCUCCGUGAUCAACGAGUUGGCCAAGGUACAUUCAUCCCCCUGGAAACCAUUCAGGUGAAGGCUUUCAAUUCAAACCUGAAGGGUAUGCAUCGAGGUAUGCGUCCUGCCAUCGAGACUGUGGACUAUGAUGACUCGGUUGCUCGCGCCAUCAGCUACGCAUGCGGAAACUCGAUUGUUUGUGACGACCUCGCAACAGCCAAGUAUCUCUGUUAUGAAAGAAACCUGGAUGCGAAGGCGGUCACCCUCGAUGGGACUGUCAUUCACAAGGGUGGUCUGAUGACCGGUGGACGAGGUCCUCAACAGAACUCCAAGCGAUGGGAAGACUCUGAGGUUGAGAACCUGUACAAAUUGAAGGAGAAGUUGAUGCACGACCUGACAAACCUGCCCAAGAGUCACCGUCGUGGUUCAGAGGAGGAGACGCUUCAAGGUGAACUCGUGGGACUGGAACAGCGUCUCAGUCAUUCCCGUGAUGAGCUAAGAGCCCUCGAGAGAAACCUCGAGAGUAAACGCAGUGAGCUGCAGUUCGUGGGUCAACAGAUGGAAGACUUGCGGCCCAAGUACACCGAGCGUAAAGAAAACCUCGACGAGCUUGAUGAGAAUAUUGAGACAUUGCAGGUCUCGGUUAGCACUGUCGAGGAUGAUGUUUACCGCAAGUUCUGCAAGCGCCUAGGCUACGAUGAUAUCCGAGAGUAUGAAGCCCAGCAAGGGUCUCUUCAAGAAGAAGCUGCCCAGAAAAAGCUCGAGUUUACCACACAAAAGAGCCGCAUUGAAAACCAGCUCAGCUUCGAGAAGCAGCGCAUUCAAACAACUGAGGAGCGAAUCAACGCCCUCAAGGCUCGACUCGAGCGUGAUAAUAGUCAGAUCGAGGAGCUGCAAAACCAGCAGGAACAGAUACGGAACCAACUUGAUCAGUUCGAAGCUGAACUUGAGCUUCUUCGUGAGGCCCUUGAAAAGCAGAAGGAGAUCUACGCGCAGUCAGCAGAAACCUUGGCUGAGCAACGCCGUGAACUCCAGAAGCGCAGCAAGCACAUCGAGGCUGCUCUGAAAAAUGUCAGUGCUCUGGAGGCUGAGAUCCAAAAGAAUUCUUCCAGUCGUUAUACUCUUCUGCGUCGCUGCAAGCUUGAGGAUAUCGAUAUUCCUUUGGUGGAUUCUUCCAAUGGCCUUGACAAACUCCCCAUCGAUGAUCUCAUGCAAGCUGGAGAUCCCGAUGCCAUGGAUGUGGAUGAGGGAGAUCUUCUGGAUGAGGCCCCUGUGGUGCACGAUUAUGGCAUUGAGGUCGACUUUGAUUCUCUCGGCGAAACAUUGAAAGAGGAGGCGGAUGACAAGCUUGAGGACGAGCUUCUUGAGAAGGUCCGCGUGCUGAACAAUGAACUCGACAAGAUGGCACCAAACUCCCGCGCCAUGGACAGACUCGAGAGUGUUGAAAACAAACUUCGCAGUACCGAAAAAGACUUUGAAGAUGCCCGCAAGUCUGCAAGAAAGGCCAAGGACGAAUUUGAGUCUGUGAUGAAGACUCGAUCCGACCUCUUCAACAAGGCGUUCACCCAUAUUUCUGAGCAUAUCGGUCCUAUCUACCGUGAACUCACACGAAGCGCUAAUUACCCUCUGGGAGGACAAGCAUACCUGGAUAUCGAAGACUCGGACGAGCCCUACCUGGACGGUAUCAAAUAUCACGCCAUGCCUCCCCUCAAGCGUUUCAGAGACAUGGAGCACCUCUCCGGUGGUGAAAAGACCAUGGCCGCACUCGCUCUGCUGUUUGCCAUCCACUCGUACCAGCCAUCGCCAUUCUUCGUGCUGGACGAAGUAGACGCAGCCCUCGACAACACCAACGUUGCCCGCAUUGCGAACUACAUUCAUGAUCACGCCGCACCUGGUAUGCAGUUCAUUGUGAUCAGUUUGAAAACUGGCCUGUUUCAAAACAGUGAGGCGCUGGUCGGUAUCUACCGUGACCAGGUUGAGAACAGCAGUAAAUCGCUGACGCUUGAUCUCCGAAAAUACACCUAG